UUGAUUUUGAUGUCAAUUACUCAAAUCUCAAUUGUCAAAUAAUUGUAAAUAAAAUUAGAAUUUCUAAGUUCUAACCUCGUGAAUUACGUUGUAGACUGUAGAUAAUACUGGGAUUUUCUUAACUUUAACAAUAAAUAACAUGGAUGUGAGAUUAUAUUAGCAGGGUGUAAGCAGUAAAGAAAAAAGGGAUAUUUAUUUAAAUUUGAAUUAUUAAAGAACUCUAAUAUGAGGUUAAAUCUACCGUUUUUGGCACCGAACAGAAAAAAUGCAAGAAGAUAUCAAAGAGAGCCAGUGCCAUUUCAAAUGCUCUUGCCACUUGCGCUUAAGAAGACAGUUUCAGGAAAAGGUGAUAUAACUAAGGAGGCAGUAUGCAUGCAAGAAAUGGCUGUCCUUUUUGCCUGUUUUAAAAAAUCCGAGUUUGAUCAAACUCAAUGUCUUAAGGAGGUCACAUCAUUUCAAAAUUGCUAUAAAGAAUAUAGUCAAAGAGCAAAAGUGCAGAGAGAAAUGGGAAAAAAAGGUAUUUUAGUACCCGGUGAAAACAAAAUGACCCAUAAACAAUUAAAUCAACUUCUAAAAGGCUUUCCAGCUUUGUAGUAAAUAAAUUAUUAUGAUAGAAUGUGUAGAUAUAUAUUAUGCUUAAUAUAAAUAUUGAUAAUUA